UUUGUCCUGAACUUUGGAGCAGAUGAUGAAGUUAGAGACUGACAAGAAGGAUUUCUGCCUGAGAGGGAAUCAUUAUAGAGAAAAUGGUGAAGAUUUAUCCUGUUAUUUUGAUAUGUGGUUUGCUGCUUGAAACCUGGCUCUCAACUGGAGCUUUGGUGUUUCUGCCAAGAGAGCUGGCUGGGUCUCUCUUGAAAAGACAGAAACGCUAUAACACAGGUCACUUUGAGGAAAUGAUGAAGGAUAACUUGGAGAGGGAAUGUAUUGAAGAGCGCUGCACUCUAGAGGAGGCCAGAGAGGUCUUUGAGGACCAGGAGCAAACCAGAAAAUUCUGGAUCUCUUAUAUCGAUGGAGACCAGUGUCAGUCGUCUCCCUGUCAGAAUGGUGGGGUGUGUAAGGAUGGUAUGAGUACAUACACCUGCUGGUGUCCCAUCGGCUUUAAUGGGAAGAACUGUGAGUUAGAGAUGAGAAAACAGUGUAAUGUGGAUAAUGGAGGAUGCAUGCAUUUCUGCAUUGUGGAUAAAAUCUAUGGAGCAGUGUGUGACUGUGCCGAUGGUUAUAGAUUGGCUCUGGACAGCAAGACCUGUGAACCUACAGUGCAAUACCCAUGUGGACGUCUUAGAAAGAGCAUUGUUCAAACAAGGACCUUAACCAGUGCUGAGAAUGGAAAUCAAAUUUACUCUGUCAGUCACGUAAAUACAACAGAGUAUAAAGCUAGUCAAACAGAUAACAUAACAGAGACUAGUCCUACAGAUCCUCCUGCAGUGUAUAACACUUCCACUCCUCAUCCUACACUGGGAAACAUUCCCUCUUGGGCUUUCUUUCCUACUCUGCCCACUAUCCAAAAUGCAACAAAAAGUGGUCAGCGGAUUAUUGGAGGCAAUGAGGCAACACCAGGGGAGAUUCCUUGGCAGGUGGUGUUUAUGCACAAGUUGAAUAAAAUUGCUUUUUGUGGAGGCUCUCUCCUGAAUGAAGAGUGGGUCAUUACAGCUGCACACUGUGUUGAAGGAAAGAUGGGGAUUUUCUUCAUUAGAGCAGCGGAACAUGACAUUACAAAGAAGGAGGAAAAAGAGAGUGACUAUGACAUAGCUGAGUACCACAUUCAUCCAUGUUACAACUCACAAAAGAGUCUCUACAAUCACGACAUCGCCCUGUUGAAGCUCAAGGGACUGGUCCAGUUCUCCGACUACGCUCUGCCUAUCUGCCUGGGCUCUAAAGACUUCACAGAGAACCUGCUCAGGAGCACCCCAAAUUCUUUGGUGAGUGGCUGGGGAAGGCUGCAGUAUGGAGGCAUCGAAUCCAAUACCCUCCAGAAAGUAGAAGUGCCCUAUGUGGACCGGACAGAGUGCAAAGGUAGCAGCACCAGCAGCAUCACCCGCUUCAUGUUCUGUGCUGGUUACAGUACAGUGCGUAAGGAUUCCUGUCAAGGGGACAGCGGAGGACCCCACGUGACCCGCUAUCAAAACACAUGGUUCCUCACAGGUAUUGUUAGCUGGGGGGAAGAGUGUGCCAAGGAUGGAAAGUAUGGCAUCUAUACCCGUGUUUCCAGAUACAUGAACUGGAUAAGUAACACCACAGGGAUCAGAAUAGGACAUUUGUCCAAUAAUGAUCAACAGAGCAUGGUCCAAAUGUUACAAAAGAUGCAAGAAAAUUGUAGAAAUAAGAACAAUUAAGAGCAGAAUUAGAUUUGAUUAUCAAGUCGAAUGAAUCAAGUGAAUGCUUAUAGAUUGAUGUUCAGUUUUAAUUGAUUUUUCAAUUAGAGUUCACAGACAUUUCUGUACAGAUUGCUGAUUUUACUAGUCAUCCAUCACAGAUGUAACAACCAAGAAAAAAAUAUACACUUUGUGCUUGUACUGUACAUCUAGUGAAGUUAUUUUCAUACAUGAUACAACACAAAUCAGUAUAAUGUUACUUUCUUUAUAGUAACUCAUUCUGUACAUAAUAUACAUCAGAAGUGCAUGGCUUUAAGAAGUGUACUUGAAACUGAAGUACACAUGAACUCUUUGA